AUGUGCAUCAAGCCUCACACCGGACACAGACCGAGAACAUGCGAGGUGAAUCCAAACGGCAAUGCCACGGCCAACCUCGGCGUACGGAUUGGAUACUAUGACGCGUCCGCGGCAAGCCGACAGUGCAACGCCAUGCAGCCAGAGAACCUGGCCGCCGGAGUCCUGACACAUAUCAACGUCGCCUACGAGACCGUCAAUGAGAAUGGCGAGAUCACGGACCAAAACGGCCAGAUAAUGGCGCGUAUAACGAGACUGAGAAGACGCUACAACGGACUGCGCGUCAAUGUUGUCUUGGGCGGCUGGGAAUUCAAUAAUCCGUACUCUGACAACCCGGAAACUAUAGAGAGAUGGGCGAAUGUGGUCUCCUCGGUACCAAACCAGCAGACUUACAUCAACUCGCUAGUGAACUAUAUGCACAAAUAUUCGCUGAAUGGAGUCGAUAUCGAUUGGAGGUAUCCGGCCAAUAUCAAUCGAGGCAGCCCAGAUGCGGACUAUGACAAUUUUGUCGUCUUUGUCGCCAAUAUCCGCGACGCCUUCGACGCGGAGGACGGCGGCUGGCAGGUCACCGUAUCGGUGCCCUAUGACUACCCCAACCUCAAAGGUUUCUCGCUCCAGAACCUCGCUCGGCAGGUUGACUGGUUCAACCUCCAGGCAUACGACAGGUACGACCUGUGGGACCAGGACAUAGCCGGAAACGGAUACAUAAGGCCGCACGCCAACACCACACAUAUUUCGCAGACACUUGAUCUGUUCGAGCGCAACGGCAUUGAACCAAACAUGAUCGUCCUGGGGCUCGGCUUCCACGGCACGACAUACACGCUGAACGAAACGGCAUGCACGAAUCCCGGAUGCCAGUUUGGUGGACCCGGGUUUGAGGAGGUCAUGGACUUGGUUCCGCAACUGGGCACCGAAACCUUUUACGACGAGGAAUCGGCUUCCAAGUAUCUCGUGGCGUCCUUGAGCCAGUGGGUUUCGUACGAGGACGCCGAGUCGUUUGCCGACAAGUCCAACUUCCUCAUGUCUCGAUGUCUCAGGGGCUUUGCCGUCUGGUCUCUUGACCUUGACACGCAGGAUUACCAAGCCUUGACAGCGCUAGUCGGUGAGGAUGCCAUGGUGCACGGCUUUGUCGAGGAUCAGCUCAACCCUGACGAGCGGAGACGGCUUGUCGAUGAUCUGGCUGCAUAUACGGGCCAGAAUUGCUAUGUCACCAUGUCAUGCACUGACGGGAGCAGUGACAGCGGCACUGGCCGAUGCCAGACCGGCUACAUGUCUGUUGCCACCGGCCACUACCCGAAUCAGAUAAGCCCGGCACUCCCCUUGGUUUCGUGUCCAGAAGGCCAGUGGCACCACGUUUGUUGUCCCUCGACAGCCCUUCCACGAAACUGCGAGUGGCGGGGGGCGCCGGAACAGAGCGAAUUUGGCUGUAACCCUGGCUGCGGCGAAACCCAAUACGAACUCACCAGGGAUACCUUCCUGGAUGAUGAGGGCCGCGGGAACUGCUUCUCCGGACACAGAAGUCUCUGCUGCGACAAGGCUGAGAUCCUGCAAAGGGGGUGCUACUGGACGGGCUGCCAAAGCGCAGGGAUCACACAGCCUGAUCCAUGUGGUUCCGGGGAGGUCGGGAUGGCUACAAGGCUGGAUCAAGACAACGGAGACAAAUGCCCUAUAAUCGACUGGACUGACCCGAACGGAGUCGCAGCCAAGGCGACACAGAAUAGGUGGUAUUGCUGUCCAGAACAAGCGAACGUCAGAAACUGCAAAUGGUCUGACGACCCUUCGCGCUUCGGAGGCGAAACUAUGGAUCCCAAUUCUCCAUCAUACGGUGUAGGCGUGUGCUCCAAGCUGGACUGCCCAGCAGAUGAGCUCGUCGAGACAACUGCGCUCUUGCCCGAGCCGUACACUCGUUGGACAGACCCUCUCAUUGGAGAAGGCAGGUCGUGUGCUAACUUUGCCAACUAUCCUGGCGUACUGCCUGAGUUCCACCUCUGCUGUGAGCCCCCCUCCAUCUACACCAGGGAGUGGCCGGUUGUGCCGAGUUACCUGUGGAGCGACGCAUCAGACAAUCCAGACGACCAAGAUGUGACCUGGCAAUGGGCCAACGACUUUGGCAAUAAUAACCACGACAUCACGCCCGACAAUCUUGACGAGAACCCAGGGGCUGACCCGUAUGGCUUCGUCAUGAUGGACGGACCGCCUGGUUCGAUACACAAUGCUUUCCCUGAGACUUUCACUGUUGUGCAAAGUAGCGAGCCAGUCUCGGUUAGGCCCAGAUCGCUGCUUACCACCAACAGAACUGUGCUCGAACAGGUCUGGGAACAUUCUGAGGAGACUAUUCGGGUUUACUGCAACUACCCUGCAGACUCACCCCAAUGCCGCCGUGUUUUCUACAAAGGCACCAAAGACACCAUCAUUAAGUUGCCCCAUCAUGUCGGGCAGGGGCCAUGGGCGAGAAUUGUGUCGAUGGAGCCCGAAAGAGAUUUGGCUAGCGAGGACCUUCCGGGAUGGGUGAGGAGGAAAAGGGAGCUUUCGGGAAAUCGAAAUGGCAUCUACGUGGUCAAGUUCGACUACAACUUCCACCUCAUCGAGAGACAGGAGGAGGAGCCCGUAAAGAUGCGCAUUGAUUUUACAAACCUUGAGGGCUACUGGGACGAGGUCACCAACGGCACCAUGACAAAUAGCACCGCAUCUUCAAGGAAGAAACGUGACUUGGAACAUGGGGUCUCGUUCAGCGAGUGGAAGUCGCGUAUUGAUCUCGCCAAGAGGAAAACCAACAACUUCAAGAGGGAGACAACCGCAAGGACAGCCGACAUGGUUGUCCGCACAAAGGACAAGCGCUGGUUUGGCCCCUUCCGGGAGUGGCUCAACAAGCUCAACACGCUCGAAAGCGAGCAAACUGGCGUCUUGCCCAUGGCGUUCGCCAAGUUCUUCACCCUCUUCAGUGGGCGCAUCUUUUGCCGCAGCGACGCUGGCGUCACCUUUACCGCGGGGUUGGACGUCACGACCGACCUGCAGCUGCAUAUGGACGCCCGAUACUCGUAUUACUUCUCAGGGACGGUUGUGCCGCCUCGCGUGAACGACAUGUAUGCCUUUGCCCGCACGCAGCCCAGAGUCAUGGCCGGCAUCACCAUCGCUGGAGAUGCACAGCUAGGCUACCAGACGGAACCGAGGAAGCUCAUCAGCACACUCACCUACCCUGGGCUCGCUAUCAAGGGUAUCGCUGCCGUGGGUCCCUCACUCGACAUCUGGGGCCAGCUGACAGGAAGUGUGACUGUCUCGGGCUCUAUGCGUGCCGGCGUCACUUACACGUUCCAGCCCAUCGAAAUGUACUUGCCCAACAAUGACGACACGCUCAAUAGGGCAGAGGCGGCCCUUGAAGACAACCAAGUUGACGAGGAGGGACUGGAGCCGACGUUUGAAGCCAAUGUGCAGGCCAGAGUGGACUUCAAUAUCCACGUGUCGCCGGAACUCAACAUGGGUAUCCAAGUUGGAGGAAGAGUAGGGCCGUUCGAUGGCACGUUGGUCGACGCCCACAUCUCCGCCUUUGCGAACACGACCCUCAACUUCAACGCGCGCGCUUCAGCUGGAACCGUCAACAACAGGUAUAACUGGGAAUAUGACUAUGAGAUUGCCUUCUUGUACCGCAUUGGCCUGGCCGCCCUCGCGCAGAUCAGGUUUUACGGGGAAUGGCGGAGUCGGACCUACUUCCCAGUUGACUGGCAGAGGAUCAGGCUCUUCGGGCCGCCCCAGCCCAUUAGGUCGGGGGUACUCUCACCCGAGGUGAGGAGGGGUCUCUCUCGACGAAGCAGCUGGCUCCUGUCCGACUCACCCCUACCCGGCGCUGUCUUCAGCACUCCGCCCGAGCCCAAGUGGCCGCCGCCAGACCUGUACGCGCACAUUGAUACCUUUAGGAGUGGAAUUACAAGCUUCACGGCCCACGGCAAUGUCACUUCUAGCUCCGAGAAUGGGACACUCCACACGCGCCAAGAGGCGAAUGAGCAUCAGGAUGACACCAAAUCGGACAUGGAGUUCCACCUAGGGAACCAGAGGUUCGUUUGUAACCAAGCGCCAGCCAUGUGCGGUGGCUCUGGUCUUGACCAGACAGGCGACCUUGAGGUUGAGGAACGCAGCAUCAGCGCCACCACUCUGGGGCCUCGGGAAAUCGGAUCUUUUGGGGGUAGCCCCAGCAGCAGGAGCUUGGCUUUGAGCCAGCGCGCUCCGUCCACAGACGACUGCGCUGUCUUCCCGCGCCUCUACUACAACUGCCAGUCGGCGUUCAUGGACUGGACGUUCGUUGUGCCCCAGAGCGAAGGCGGCACGGGUGUGUCCAACACGAUGGAGGGUAUCUGCAAGACCCUGGAUCGCCUCAUGCAAAGUUACAGAGUGGUUAAUACUCAGCGCGGAUCCUACAGCCGGACCAGUGCAUUGUGCCAUGGGUCCGGCUGUACGCUUACAUUUGACGCUGACGAGAGAGCUCAAAACCGGCGUCGCAGGCAAGCGUGCCGCGGCCGCGACAGGAGGAGCAAGUGCGCCGCUGACAACGACAACCGUGAGCAAAUCCUGUGGGGCCCGGGCAGCUCAGGUCAGAGGCCGGCCACAGGCCUGACGAGUUGCGACGAAUUCCCGUUUGCCUCGAGCGAAGAGGGGGGGGACAACUACGACGAUGACAAUGGCGACAUGGAGAGCAUCUUUGGCACCAAGACAGUGUGCGUCCCGACAUGGCAGCAGAGUUUGCAGGGGAACUGCAAUGGCCUGCUCAGGAAUCUCGAGACCAACAUCCGCUACUUCAACAAUAGGCAGAGUCGGAGGGAGAUCAACCCAGAUCCGGAUUCAGCUCGUGCCGAGUGGAAAAGUUGGACCGAUCCCGGUUGGGCGAGGGCGGGGUGGCCUGACCCGUUGGAUCAGGCCAGCAAUAACAUGCAACGUACAGCCGAGUACAAAGACGUCUUGCCCAGGCCAGCGGGCUUUACCAAAGCAACCUGGGAGGCAAACCAAAAAAUUGGCUGGUUCCACCGCCGGAACUACACCGUCUACCUCGCAGAAGCGGAUGAUGCAGGCACCCUCGAAUUCCCGGGAGUCAGCGACACAGUAACCGGCAACCUAGCGGAUGGAACGGCAAUCACAAGCAUCAGCGACGUCCUCUGCGCGGUACACACCAUGGGUCAGGCGCGCUACCGUAUCAGUGGGCAAAACGCCUGGUGCAUGACAGGCGGAAGGGAGCCGGGCUAUGCCCAGUAUACCUGGCAGGGCGUGGCGACAAGACCGGUUUAUCGAUCAUGCAUUGUGAGAUUUACGACGACAACCCCUCAAAAGAGGGAUGAGAAGCCCAUAGGGACGUUCGGUGGACAUCCGGUUUACGGGGUUGAACUUAUACCAGAAUCUGAGGGAGGGAGGAUCAUUUAUCCUGAUUCAGACUAG